AUGGCAGUCACCCGGCUGUUGCUCCAGAGCUGGCUGCUGGCACGCGCUUGCGGUCUGAUUCAGGAGGAGCUCUCGCAGCUCUGGCAGCAGGCGCUGCCCCAGCUCCACGGCCGUGCGCCAGCCUUGGCGCCGCGGGAGCUGCAGAACGUGGCGGGGCGCUUGCAAGCCACCGAGCUGAGGACUUGGACUGAGGACUGCUUGCUGCUGGACGUGUUCGUUGUGCAGCCGGCAACUGGAACUGGUUCGACUCCAUUAGAGUUAGAUGUGGAUUCCGUACGUCGUGGCCCCUUUGAAUGCGGCUUUCGCGUCUUCUGGGCGAAGGGCCGCGGACUAGCCCUUGACUGGGUCGCCAAAGAACGUCGGAUCUGUGAUCUCUAUCAUGUGUUGAUGAUCGAGGACGAGUAUCUCCUUGACAGCUUCCGCUUGCACCCGCCAAGCUGUCGCAUCUUCCCUGUCGACCCGCAUCAGGCCCCAGACCUGCCCAUGGUGACACUGCCAUGGGCCCCCGGUGAGCCCCUGCCGCGGAUCACGCGGGCAGUGACUUUCCGUGCCUACAGCGUUUACUCAUCAGAGGCGCAGACCAAUCCGCAAAGAUGGCUGCAGGAUCCGGAUUAUUGGAACCGCUUCUUUCUGGAGCUGAUCCGGGAAGACAUGUUGACUGUUUGCCUAGCAGAGGAGGAAUGCAAGGGUGAUGCGGCUCCCUACCGCCUGAUGUUCUGGGAGGACAUCAGCGCAGAGUUUCUGGAAUGCAUCGCCCAAGGCAUCACUCCGAUCUUUUUGGGCACCGCAUCUAUCUACGAGUAUGUCGAGCGCAACGUGCUGCUGACGCGCUGGCGCUUUGAGACUGCCCAAGAGAUGGUAUCCAUCAUUCAGACCUUGUCCUUGCCAGAGGGAAUCUUGGAGCACGGCACCAGGGUGUUCAUGGAGCGACAAGGCAACUACUUCCUCAGUCGCCUGUACUGGCGCCAAGACCCGCGCUUGCGGGCCUUAUUGUUGGCGAGCGCUGCGCAGCGGCAGCAGAUGUUGCAGGUCCAGGCCUCCUCGACGCAUGUGAUGGAGCUGGUGGUUUGCGUGGCCUCGGCAGUCGCAAAUCGGCAGCGACGAGACAUCAUCAGGCAGACCUGGGGGAGCCAGCGGUUCUUGCACACUUCCUUCGGCCCCAUCCUGCUGAAGGUGUUGUUCUUCCUGGGGCAGGGUGAGACAGCGCGCCAAGAGCAUGAUGAGUUUGCCGAUGUUGUGCUGCUGCCUGGCUUGCAGGAGGACUUUGGCAGCAUCUGGCUGAAGACGGCUGCAAUCCUGGGCUUCGGGGCAGAAUAUUUCCAGGGCCGAGCCUCACCUCACGAUGAUGGCGCUCCAAGGCUGCGCUUUCUGAUCAAAUGUGAUGACGAUGCCUUUGUGGACAUUGACGCUGUGACGGCUGACCUUUUGGCGAGCGCGCCAGUAGGUCUUCUUUGGGGCCAUGUCAUGGCCUUAGUGGAGCCGAACCGCAUUGCAUCGGACAAGUACUUUGUGCCCUACGAGGCCUACCCGAACGCGUAUUAUCCGCCAUAUGCCCGUGGCAUGGCCUAUGCUCUGUCUGAAGACGUGGUGAUCCCGCUGGGAACUGCUCUUUCCGAGGGGCGAUUGGAGCCAUUUCCCUACAGGGAGGACGUCUCGGUGGGGCUUUACAUUCUAGAGCUGGCUCGGAGGGGUGAGGUCCGCGUGGUCCCGCAUCAGCGCAAAGAUGCGAUGCCGCUGGAUUUCGAGGAGCAUUGCUCGGGACCAAACAAGAUGCUCCCACUGUUGGUGAUGCACCGCUUUGAUCCGGCCAGUGCGACUUGCCUGUGGCGGCUGGUCCAGGAGCGCAGAGAAAAUCUGGCGAAAGGUCAUGCUGAAGACGCGGACUUUUGUCAAUGCUCGCGGCAUGCGGGCCGCUUGACCUGA